GCUCUAUCCCGACUGCUUGCUCCUACAGCCUGCGUCAUGCCGUGCGGUGCCUCGGCUCUGCGGAUGGUGAGGGAGGGGGGGCAGUUGGAGGAUGGUGGGCCAGGGUACAGCGUCGCUCGAUCGGCUCCUCUUCUAGCUAGCACACCGUCAGCUGCCUACACUCAAAACGAGGUGGGGUUUUUUUUUGUGCGGAGAUGAGCUAUAACCAUCUUGACAGCGGCAGCUGCUUCUUUUCUGUUAUUAUGAGGCGUUAAUAACAGCUGUCAUCGCCGGAGAAGGAAGAUCUUUCUCUUCUUUCAAUACGUCCUAGUGGAGACAAUGAGUACAAUGGCAGAGCCAGACGUUUGUCCUCACCUGGACUCAAUAGGAGAGGUCACCAAAGAGGACCUUCUCCAGAAAUCCAAGGGAACUUGCCAGUCAUGUGGAGCAGGAGGUCCCAACUUAUGGGCCUGUCUACAGAGUGACUGUUCAUACGUUGGUUGUGGCGAGUCCUACGCCGAUCACAGCACUCUGCAUGCACAGGCUAAAAAGCACAACCUGACAGUGAACCUAACAACCUUCAGGAUCUGGUGUUACGUGUGUGAGCGGGAGGUGUUUUUGGAUCAGAGGCCGGCGCUGGUCCCCCUUCCGGCUGCGUCCCACCACUGCAAAGCAGCAGAGCAGGAAGCAGCUGCCCAGUCAGCAGGUCAUCCUCUGAAAGCAGUACCGAUUGCUGUUGCGGAAGAAGAUGGCUCAGAAUCAGAGGAGGACGAGCUUAAGCCGAGAGGCUUGACAGGAAUGAAGAAUAUUGGAAACUCCUGCUACAUGAAUGCUGCCCUGCAGGCGCUGUCCAACUGCCCUCCGCUCACCCAGUUUUUCCUGGACUGCAGCGGCUUGGUCCGGACCGACAAGAAACCAGCUCUGUGUAAGAGCUACCAGAAACUCAUCUCAGAGCUCUGGCACAAGAAACGGCCCAGUUAUGUUGUUCCAACCAGCUUGUCCCACGGCAUCAAACUGGUAAACCCCAUGUUUCGAGGUUAUGCUCAGCAGGUGAGCACGCAGCAAGACACCCAGGAGUUCCUGCGCUGUCUGAUGGACCAGUUGCACGAGGAGCUGAAGGAGCCGCUGACAGAGUGCAGCAUGAGCGGCGAGGGGAGCGAUGGGGACGAGAGGCGAGACGGAGACCGCUCCCCUUCCGAAGACGAGUUCCUGUCCUGCGACUCCGGCUCCAGCAGUGACCGGGGAGAGGGCGGGGGCCUCGGGGAGGGCGAGCUCCUCCUGCAGGACGAGUGCGAUGGGUUUAGGUCCCCGUCUGCGGGAGUGGGUUCGGGGAUGGUGAUCUCGGAGAAGGAGAGGCUGAAGGAGAGGAGGGUGUCCGGCUCCCCCCUGCGGGGCGGCUCACAGGAGAUGGACGAGGACGCAGACGUUGACACGGCGGCGGAGGACGGGGCUCCCGAGAGGGGGGAGGAAGAGCCGCCUGCGCCGAUCGCAAACACUGACGUCCACGAGGACAACCAGACAACUACAGCAGGGCAAGUCCAGAGCAACAACGCCUCAGAGCCAGACAACGAAGCAUCAAUGACCCAGCCGCAGUCCACCCCCUGCAGUCCUGUCCGAACCCUGCAGGAGCUUCAUCCCAAGCUGUCGUCCAGUCCGCCACGCUCCAGCCCGCUGCGCUCUGCAGGACCAGGACCGGCCUACUCCUUCAAGAAAGCUCAGCUGCUGCUCACCUCCAGGAAGAAGAAGCAGUCUCACUAUCGCAGCGUCAUCUCAGACAUCUUCGACGGCUCCAUCCUCUCCCUGGUGCAGUGUCUGACCUGUGACAGGGUGUCCACCACAGUAGAGACCUUCCAGGACCUCUCGCUCCCCAUCCCUGGGAAGGAGGACCUGGCCAAGCUCCACUCGUCCAUCCACCAGAACCUGCCGGUAAAGACCGGCGUGUGUCCCGACACCUACGGCUCGCAGGGCUGGAUCUCCUACAUCAUGGACUCCAUACGCCGAUUCGUGGUGUCCUGCAUCCCCACCUGGUUUUGGGGUCCCAUGGUAACACUCGAGGACUGCCUCGCUGCCUUCUUUGCUGCUGAUGAGCUCAAAGGAGAUAACAUGUACAGCUGUGAGAGAUGUAAAAAAUUGCGAAAUGGUGUCAAAUACUGCAAAGUGAUGAAACUUCCAGAGAUCCUUUGCAUUCACCUGAAACGUUUCCGUCACGAAGUCAUGUAUUCGUUCAAGAUCAGCAGCCACGUGUCCUUCCCCCUGGAGGGCCUCGACAUGCAACCCUUCCUGGCCAAAGAGAGCCCGUCUCAAGUCACCACUUACGAUCUGCUGUCAGUCAUUUGCCACCACGGCACCGCAGGAAGUGGGCAUUAUAUAGCUUACUGCCAGAAUGUGAUCAACGGCCAGUGGUACGAGUUUGAUGAUCAGUAUGUGACAGAGGUCCAUGAGACGGUGGUGCAGAACGCAGAGGCCUAUGUGCUGUUUUAUCGGAAAAGCAGCGAGGAGUCGGUGCGAGAGAGGCAGAAAGUGGUGGCUCUGGCCAACAUGAAGGAGCCCAGCCUGCUGCAGUUCUACAUCUCCAGAGAAUGGCUGAACAAGUUCAACACCUUUGCUGAGCCCGGCCCCAUCAGCAACCACACCUUUCUUUGUCAGCACGGAGGGAUCCCGCCUAAUAAGUACCAGUACAUUGAUGAUCUGGUAGUGAUAGUUCCUCAGAAUGUGUGGGAAUAUCUUUACAACAGUUUCGGAGGCGGCCCUGCAGUCAACCACCUGUACAUGUGCGCCAUCUGCCAGGUGGAGAUCGAAGCUCUGGCCAAGCGCAGGAAAACCGAAAUAGACACUUUCAUUAAGCUGAACAAGGAGUUCCAGGCUGAGGAGGCUCCGUCAGUGAUCCUGUGCAUCAGCAUGCAGUGGUUCAGAGAGUGGGAGAACUUUGUGAAGGGCAAAGACAACGAGCCACCUGGUCCCAUUGACAACAGUAAAAUUGGUGUUAUGAAAGGAGGACACAUACAGCUGAAGCAAGGUGCAGAUUAUGGACAGAUCUCCGAGGAGACAUGGCAGUAUUUGUUGGGGAUAUACGGCGGGGGUCCUGAGAUCGCGGUGAGACAAACGGUGGUCCCAGCCGACCCCGACAGCCUUCAUGGAGAAAGGAAGAUUGAAGCAGAGACGAGAGCGCUUUGAGAGUCACGCAGGUCUGAUGAUAUCUUUCCACUUCUGCCCUCACAUGAAGUUGAGGAAUUUGCACGUUGGCAAAGACGCAUUACGAGCACUUUGUAAAUGUAGCGACGUCUUAUUUUGAAGCUGCAAGGGGUCGAAGCCUGACCUAAACAUCACCGAUUUUAUUCAUCGGACAGCUCUGAAGCUCUGUGUUUGUGUCACACCUCUGCAGCUGUUUUCGGUAGCCGUAGGCGCCUCUGUGGCCGCUGUAGUGUCUAGACGUCAUGUGCUGCUUCUAACCCGGCCGUGGCAGGCGAACGGCACCUGGCGUCACAAGCCAGAACGGUGCAGUGAACGUUGCCAAUACCUGGGAGGAGGGCUCCUCUUUCACACUCGAAGCAAUUAAGAUGCAUUACCAAGCUUUCCGUUGUUUAGCUGUUUACUUGUUACAUAGCAACAAGCAGACAGAAGCGACAGGUCUCAAGUGAAUGAAACGUCUGCACCUCCAACGUCAGCGUGCGCCUAGCCCUCAGGAAUGGAAACCUUUUCCUUUCUGUUUGUUUUUUUUUUUUUUUUUUUUGUUGGUGUUUUUGGGGCCAUGGGAAUGGCCGGAGCAGGUUUGUUUAUAACUGCAAAACAUGCAUGUGUGGGUUGUGCACAAUCACUUCUGGGCUCAAACUGCAUGCAGCUGUGAGUUAUUACUGACUGAGAGGCUCAGUUGUUUUGCUUAAACGAUCCGUUUACAUGCUCAGAAAUACUCACAAGAAGACCUUGCUUUUAUAUAGUCAGUGUAAGCUCUGUCAGCAAACAGCCAUAGGCAUGUAUAGAUGUGAAUGUUAACAUUUCAUUAGUCAAAGUAGAUAAGCAGGAGGGAUGCAUACGUAUCUGACGUGGUAAAGAGAAUCUUGUGCAAUAUAUUUGUGAUUUAACAAGAUCAGUGUAAACAUCUUCAGACUUUAUCAAAUGCUACUUGAGAUGCAUUUAGUUAAAAAUAAUCAUAUAUACUAAGCAAAACAGAAUAUAGAGAUAAAUGUCAUUUAGAUAAAACGGGUUACUGCUGUCAAACGUUUGAUGAAUUUUUUUUUUUAAUCUGUAAUUUCUUAUCCUUGCUUGGCAGGAGUUUGAAGAUUCCAUAUCUAUCACACUAUGUUGAUGUUUUCUCCCAGGAAGAAUUUGUUUCUCAUCACUUUUGAGAUUUGAAAUAUGAAGUCAUACAUGUUUAGAAUAUAAUACAAAUUUUAUUACAAACUUAGCCACAAAACAUAAAAUACAAAUUUAAGCUGUUCACAUGUUAGGGAAGACACAUUCAUAAAAGUUUCCCAAAAUUUAGGGGACGGGAGCAUGAAGCCACAAGUGCUGAAUCUUAUCAAAACCUUUCCUGCACAACUAACUGUUGCAUAUGUUUCUGUCUCCCCCACCUUUCGUUUUCAUAAGAAUAUGUAUUUCUUGCUAAACACACACAACUGGAGUCAUUGUUAGUGUUUAUUCAUCAUACUCCAUACACAGUCAUAUUCUUUUAGCUAAAACAUUUUUGCGUCAGUGAUUCAUUUUGGCUUAUCCAAAACCAUGAGAGUGCAAUGAGUCGAGUCACAUUCACUACAGAAAACAUUGUGGUUUGAACAAAUGGGGGGGGGAAUUUUGGGGUCAAAUGUAAAGUUCUCUCCACUUGGUGUGUUGUUUUCACAAAGCAUUUUGUGACACAAUCAUCUAUACUCGAUUUGUUUAUUUUUAUUGCAACUAUGAAACAUCUCAUGUCUCAUAUUUACUCUUCCAUUUUUUAAAUUUUAAGAGUACAGUUUUAUGUGGUGUGUGAUGUUUGAAUUCUUAGCAAUCACCCAGAGCUGAUAAAUGGCUGCCUGUUGUUAAUUCCCUAAGUCUGAAGAAAAAUUGGUUAUAUUGUAAAACAGAAAUGACAACAGCUAGUAUGACUAAGCUAUGCUAGUUACUUUAAGACGCUGCAGUUAGCUUAGCAGUUUUUUUUAGUUAGCUAGCACCCUGUAACAAACCUUUAGUAGUUCUAAAGGUCUCUAAAUAAAAUUUUAAACCUUUUGCCUAUUUUAUUUUAAAAAGAAGUUGUAUGCAAACUCGGUAAAUAAAAAAAAGAGUACAUGCUUUGCUUAGCUAGGCAUACUAACAUUCCAGACUUUUGGCAGCAGUUUCAAAAUGGAGUUGCUUUUUGGUUACAGUCUUCAAAAUAAUAAUAAUAAAAAAACUUCAGACUUCUGUAGCAGGGUUGACUUCUUGGAUACAAUCUGAUAAAUACUCUGCAGGCAUUUAGACGUGUUAAUACAAGAGAGUUCACCUAGCUGACUCUUCAGACAAGGCAUUGAGAUACAAGCAUAAUUUACUGUCAUAAAAAUCAAUUUAUUGUACAUACAAUGUUUUCCAUAUACAGCUUGUAGAUAUAUUUGAAUGUGAGCAGCGCAGAUGUAACUCCUAAUAAUUAAGACUAAAAGAUCACUUAGAAUAAAUAAGGAAAAUUGGAUUUAUUCACUUUUAGUUUAAUUUUUUUAAGUGCAUUUUAUGAUUCCGACCAGUUUUUAAAAUUUAGUUUGAAGGUGUGUUCUAUUUGAAUUUGCAAGUUUCACUUUCUACAAAGAUUUUAUUUGUAAAAUGCUUUCCCACAACAAAAAGUGUUUCCUCUCCUGUUUUCUGACCCUUUGUUCACGGAUGUUUUCCAUGGAUAGCAGCCCAAAAUAUCUUUAGAGAAAAAAAAAUAGAGCUUGGGACCAUGACCAAAAGGUAAAUAGGUUUUUAUAGAAAUGCUUUUCAUUUCACCGGUGGCUUAUGAAAUAUAGAACUUUACUAUGUGUAUUUAAAAUUUUAGCUCACAGUAAGCCAUGUCUCUGUUUUGUUGUUAAAUUAUGAAUCAGUUUUCAAAGAAUAAGAAUGUCUCUAACGUUGUCUAUUUUGUUUAUUGAACUAGUUUCUCUUUUCAUACAGUUCCAGAUUUUAUGUACAGGAGAUGUUAAUAUUGUGGCAAUAUGUUUUCUAUAGGUGUGGGGAAGAAUGUGCAAUUAAACAAAUGAAAAACAACUGCAGUGCAAUCUUAGCGGUAUCGUAGAGAUGCUAGGACGGAUAAAUGACACCAGUAGCUUGAACAGCUGAGAGUUCAAACAGCCAGCCGGUGUAACUUGUUAUAAUGCAGUGUUAGGGAAUUUGUUGUGGUAGUUAUUACAUUAACCCCACCCUGUAAGUGCAUCCACUCAUGUUACGGCACGUAUAUGCGUGUAAGACUUCAAUCUACUGGAAAAAUCAAGCAUUACUGUGGUUGGAAAGUAUUCAUAGGUGUCACGCACACAGCAGGAUUUCACGAGGUCAUGUUUCCUAGUCGUGGUAAUGGCUAUUGUGAUCCUACCACAAUCAAAAGGGAUGUUUAAAUGUCUGUAUCACUGAUGUAAUUACUGUGACUGGUUUAAUGAUUAAAAUUUCCUGCUUUUGGA